AUGGCCUCUCUCGUGGCGACCGCCGCGUUGACCGCCGCGGCGCGGACGCUGCCCAUUGGCGAGGCUCUCUCGGGUAUCUUUGGGAGCAUCAGCUUGACGGCGUGGAUAUGUCUCUUGAUUCCGCAGCUGCUGGCCAACUACAAGGCCAAGAACGCUGAUGGGCUGAGCAUGACCUUUCUUGUCGUCUGGCUCAUGGGCGAUGUUUCGAACCUUGUCGGAGCGCUUCUCACCCGCCUGGCCCCAACCGCCAUUGCACUGGCAAUCUACUUUUGCAUCCUGGAUGCCGUCCUCAUCAGCCAGUGCCUCUACUACAACACGCUCAACGCGCGACGGCUCGCGAGGGAGCAGGCAAGCCCUCAUACCGAAACGUCUGAGGAGUCGCCGCUUCUGCACAGGCGGCGCAGCUCUUCGCUCGGCCUGCCCGGCUCGCACCGCCGCCACUCCACGCACCACGAGUCUUCGAUGGAGCCCAUCAGGAAGAUUGUGACUGGCGAGGACGAGACGCCCGACAGCAGGCCGUGGCUCCACAACACACUGGGCCUGCUGGCCGUUUAUGUCGUCGGUUUUGCGGGCUGGUUCGUCUCGUACAAGGCUGGGGCUUGGGACGGCGACGGCCCGGGCGUCCCCGAGUCGCCAGACGGGAAGAAGCAGCCGCUCGAGAUUCUCGGCCUCUUGCUGGGCUAUGCCAGCGCAGCAUUCUACCUCUGCGCCCGCAUUCCACAGAUUUACAAAAACUUCAAGGAGAAGUCAUGCGAGGGCCUAUCUCUCCUCUUCUUCCUGCUCUCCCUGACAGGCAACCUCACCUACGGGCUGAGCCUCAUCGCCUACUCCCAGAGGAAGGACGACCUGCUCAACGCCCUCCCCUGGUUGCUAGGAUCUCUCGGCACCAUGGUGGAGGACGCCACAAUCUUUGUUCAGUUCCGCCUGUAUCGCGACAACCACCGCGCCGUCGUGGACGCAUAA